AUGGACCCCAGAGGUCUACGGUUCUUCGUCUUCUUCCCUAUCCUGUUUGCCUCUGUCCAGCUGUGUGGUAAUCUUUGCUUAUGAGAAGUAUCAGAUAGAUAGAUAGAUAGAUGAUAGAUGAUAGAUGAUAGAUAGAUGAUCGAUAGUUAAAUAGAUAUAGAUAGCUAUAGUUUGCAAAUUGCUUUUCCCUCUCACUGAAAUUCUUUAAAAAACAUGAACAAGAUUCACAUUAUGAUGUAUAACUAUCGAGGAUGUAUAAGCCAAGGUUCUUACAGCCAUAGCUGUCAACGUUUCCCUUUUUUAAAGGGAAAUUCCCUUAUUUUGAAUAGGAUCAUAGCUGUCAACCUUCCCUUUUUUGCGGUAAAUUCCCUUAUUCCAGCGCCGUUUCCCGCUGCUUCCUGCUGCUAUCGCGGAUUGUUAGAUAUCCCGUAGACUGUCCCUGGGACAGGUGAGGCUGCUGAUCCCUUAUUUUCAAAUCUGAACGUUGACAGCUAUGAAUAGGAUUCCUCGCAAGAAAAGGGAAAAGUUGACAGCUAUGCUUUACAGCAGAAUGUAGAAGAGAAUCGGAAUGAAGGUGGAGAAUCUGUGGCGCUGAUAUGGGAAAAGUUUUUACCUGAAUGAGGAAGGGUCAGGGCAGAUUCACCCCAUGCAUUUAAAGCACAUUCAACACAUCUUCAAAGUUCAUGACCCCCACCCACCCGGGCAAGAAUGCUGGGAAUUGUAGUUUCAACCUCACAGAGACACAAGUUGGCUUCAUUGCAGGGGGUUGGACUAGAACCCUUAAUAUAAACUACAGUUCCCACAGUUCUUUGGGGGAAGUCAUGUGUUUUAAAGCAGCCACAUUCGCAAUCCUGUUUUGUUCUUCUCUCGGGUCAGAAAUCUCUGCAGGAAAUUCUGAUCGCAUCAGGUCUUUGAACGCGGAGCUCUUGAAAGUGGCGGAGGAUGCGUCUAAGGAACCGAACCCCAGUGUUUACCUGGCCCUGCGGCUGUCUAACGACCACAACUUGCAGAAGGAGAGCCAGUACCUCCAACGCCUGAAAGAUGCCUUUCAGCCCAAUGCCAGCACGUAUGUUUAGCACAGGGUUUUGGUGGUGGGGAAUUUUGCAGGAUGAGGACCAGAGGCAGAAGGGGGUGGAGCAAUGAAUGUACAUUGCUGGAAACCACAGAAGAGAAAAGUCCUCUUGGGAUCAGGUCCCCUGCUUGCAGGUUUCACAUAUGGGUAUCUGGUUGGCCACUAUGAGAACAGGAUGCUGGGCUGGACGGGCCACUGGCCUGAUGCAACCAGCAAGAAACUCUUAAUCUCAGGGUUAUGGGUUCGAGUCCCAUGCUGGGCAAAAAGAUUCCUGCAUUGUAGGGGGUUGGACUGGAUGAACCUCGUGGUCCCUUCCAACUCUACCAUUCUAUGAUAUAUUAGUUCAGUAUACUCUUGCAUUCCAACAAAGCAACAUCAAGCAAGCAAGCAAGCAAGCAAGCAGACACACAGGCCCACCCCAUUCCAAGCAUUUUACAAUCUGAGUUUUGACAGUGUGGGAGACAACAGAGGGGAAGAAGGGGAGAGGGUGAGGGUUACGAUCAGGUCUUCAUUUAAAAUAUAGCAAUAACGCCACCAUUAUUAUGCCAGUGAAUGUAAAUUUUAUUAUGAAUGAACAUCCUAAUUCUAGAUGAAACAAAGAGAGAGCCGGUGGUGGUGCCGUGGUUCGUCGGCUGGACUAGCAAAUCCCUGCUCAGCCACAAAGCUCACUGGGUGAUGUUGGCCCAGUCAGGCACUCUCAGCCUAACAUACCUCGCAAGGUUGUUGUGCGGGGAGAGCCGUGUACACAACCUUAAGCCCCUUAGAGAAAAAGGUGGGCUCUGAACGCAAUAAAACACAGUUUCCCAAACUUAGGUCUCCAGCCGCUCGCUAGCUCCCAUCCUCGCUAGCUAGCAGGACCAGCAGUCAAGGUGUGUUGGGAUUUGUAGUCCAGAAACAGCUGGAGACACAAGCUUGGGAAGCCCUGUAAUAAAAUUGAACUGGAUAAAUGAAGUUAAACCUGGAGAAGGCCUAGCCUGGUUGCAUGGGAGGGGCUAACGGCGUGGUUAUUCUGACUUCUUCCAAUCCAGCUCUCUGACUCCAGUCCGCUACCAUGAGCAUCCUAGCACAGGUCAGCUGGCCCUGUACCUCCUUGCGCUGCGGGCCGCCUGCCACGACAUGGAGGCACUUGAAGGGAGGCAGCUGGUGACGCAGCUUAAGCUUCACUUGAACAAGGAAAAGGCGCAGAUAGGUAAGGUUCCAGGCGAUGGCGCCUGCUUGGUGUCAAGUGGCAAGGAGUUCCAGUGGGUAGGUGCUGCCACAUUAAAAGACUGAUUGAAUGAAAGCAAGUGUUGGAAGUCUGAAUUAGGGGCCAGCACUUAAGGAGAGGUUUUGCCAGCAUCUGGAAGCCUCAGAGCAGGGCUUCGUAGGCUAAAGGUCAGCAGGGAGCUGGGUAAUUAAUUACGGCAGAAAAGGCAGAUUUACCCAUUGCACUUUCUCUUCCUGCACCCAGGUCACAAGGACACCGGACACCCCAUCACCAACUACUACCAGUACAGCUUGGGGGUCUUAGCCUUGUGUGUUCACCGCAAGAAGACCGACGAGCAUGUGAUCCGCAAGCUCUUGCACGCAGAGGAGCGGGGACGAUUUGUGCUCCACAACAAGCACUCUGUGGGUACGUGCUGCCCCCUUUGCACAUGAGUCCAUUCAGGUUUCUUGAUCUCAACUGUUUUCUGCCCAGGGGGGUUGAUGCCUUUCAGCUUUAAUGGUCUGUGCGGCUUCUGGCUGGGGGCAGCAAGCAGUUGGGGAUGCCCAUUUUAAUCUGGUUUGCAAGAGGUUUUUUUUACUGCUGGUGAAUGACUAAUAAUGAUGAUGAUUUUAUUUAAACCCCAUCCAUCUGGCUAGGUUUCCCCAGCCACACUGGGUGGCUCACAACAGAAUAUUAAAAACACGACAAAACAUCAAACAUAAAAAAACUUCCCUAAACAGGGCUGCCUUCAGAUGUCUUCUAAAAGUCAGAUAGUUGUUUAUUUCCUUGACAUCUGAUGGGAGGGCGUUCCGCAGGGCGGGCACCACUACCAAGAAGGCCCUCUGCCUGGUUCCCUGUAACAUCAUUUCUCGCAAGGAGGGAACCACCAGAAGGCCCUCGGAGGUGGACCUCAGUGUCCAGGCUGAACGAUGGGGGUGGAGACACUCAUUCAUGUAUAUAUUAUUGUUGGUAGUAGUAGUAGUAGUAGUAAUAGUAGUAUACUAUCCUAUACCCGCAGGUCUCAGGGUGGCCUUCAAGUAUAUAUUAUUAUUAUUGGUAGUAGUAGUGGUAGUAGUAGUAGUAGUAGUAUACUAUCCUAUACCCGCAGGUCUCAGGGUGGUUACAACAUAAGCCACAAAAUAAAAACACAAACUACAUUAUAAAAACAAAAACAUCCCAAUGAACUUCCGCAACACAUUUUAAAAGGGCAUUGGAUGUUAAUUAGCCAAAGUCCUGGUUAAGGAGGAACAUUUUUUGCCUGGUGCCUAAAGCUGCAUAAUUAAGGCGCCAGCUGAACCUCCCUGGGGAGAGCAUUCCACAAAUGGGGAGCCACUGCAGAAAAGGCCCUUUCUCGUGUUGCCACCUUCCAGACCUCUUGUGGAGGAGGCACACCAAGAAGGGCUGCUCCGGGGCUCUGUGCCCAUUUUCCCUGUAGCAGCUUGGCUCUCUUCUCUGGGACCAGCCCUACCGUUAGACAGAGUGGGGCAUUGCCUCAGGUGGCAAGGGGCAGGGACUGGUGAUUAGCUGUUGGAAGGACAGAGGUAUGGAGAAGCAGGGAGCACCGUGGGUAUGGAAAACGGGUGGCGGCGUUCAGUGGUAGAGCACCUGCUGUGCUUGCAGAUGGUCCUGGGUUCAAUUGCCCACAUCUCCAGUUAGGGCUGGGAGAGACUCCCAGAGCUGCUGCCGGUCAGUGUAGACAGUACUGAGCUAGGUGGACCGAUGGAGGAUGCAAAGGAUGUAGGCAUGUGUUUGGGACUGGUGGGUCAGCUCUCCUCUUCAUGGCUGUUUUAACCUUGCUUACCCAGACACAGAGGCGAUGGGAGGUCUGGCCUUUGCCUGCUUGGAACGAGCCACCUUCUACAAGCCAGAGCUGGUGGCAAACCUCAGCCAGGCUGUGCAGAGAGUCAAGCGGAAGAUAUUGCAGGCCAAGACUGCAGAAGGGGCUUUUGGCAAUGUCGACAGCAGCCCCCUGACCACACAGGUGAGGAGGACUCUGCAGGCAAAGUGGAGGGAUGGCAGUUCUCACAUUUACUAUUCUAUAGCUCUUGCUAAGCCGUUGCUUAGCUAAGCCGGUCUUCAAACAAAAACAUCUUGGAGGUCCCUGGCCAUAGAGAGGUUAGGCUGGCCUCAACCAGAGCCAGGGCUUUUUCGGCUGUGGCUCCAAUCUGGUGGAACGCUCUGUCACAAGAGACUAGGGCCCUGCGGGACUUGACAUCUUUCUGCAGGGCCUGCAAGACGGAGCUGUUCCACCAGGCCUUUGGCCAAGGCACAGCCUGACCCCCUCCUUUGGCAAUCCUCAUAGAACUCUAGCCCAAUGGUUGCCAUUAAUUUGAUUUUGAAUUAAUUUUAGAAUGCUGUGUUACUUUUAUUGUGGUUAGCCGCUCUGAGCCUGGCUUUGGCUGGGGAGGGCGGGAUAUAAAUAAAUUAUUAUUAUUAUUAUUAUUUUCUUACUCUGUAACCACAAGGCGGAAACUUGAAGGAUCCCUUCACUAGUGGGCAUGGCCCAUUAGAGCAAACGGGGCACUGCCCCACCAACCUCCCUCUGCCCCCGCCCAGCCCCCACCUGCCUGGUUUCUUAUGUACAAGCAGCCCAGAGGUGGCUGAGCCUCUCCUCCUCCUACUUUGUAGUCACAGAACUCAACAAGUAAGAGGGGAACAAAGCUAGGAUGAGCUGUCUCCUCCUGUCAUUGACUCUGGUGCCACCUACUGUUGGUCUCCUUACCUUCAGCCCCAUCAGCCCCAGCCACCUCUGAAUUUCCUUUCCUGUUGCGUCCCAUUCCAGAAUCUGAUUCUCUCCACUUGGUUCUACAGGUUUUUUUCCAAACACCAUUUGCAGUGCUGAAGAGGCAAGUCUUUUUUUCCCAAUCUGAGGUUGAAGACCUUGGCUAGGGAAUGGCUUGCCUCUUCAGCACAGAGUGGAAGCCUCUGCGGAACGUCCGGCUGAUGUGGCAUUUCCCUUCUAGCUUUGCCAGGAUUUCAGGCAAUGCCAGCUGGCCACCGGUAGCCUCUUCUACCGUAGGUGGGAAUGCAAGAACUAACAUAAAGGCACUUUUCUUCAGUCUCUGAUGCCUUUCCCAUCUCUUUGCGAUUCAGUUCCUCAUUGCUACAGGGAUGAACCCAGAGUGUCCCGAGGCAGUUGCAACCCUGAUUCGGAGCCUGGAGCGAGGAGAUUUCCAAAACGCCCUCAUCAAGUCCCAGUUGCUGCCUGCCCUUCAUGGCAAGAGUUACCUGGAUGUUGCCAGGAUGGUGUGCCAAGCUGAGAGAGGUAGCGGUGGGGGGGAGGGAGAAAAGAGGAUGUUGCAAAGGAGUAGUGGGGACGCAGUCCACUUUUGGCUCCAGUCAAGCCAGGGUAGAGCUGCGGAACACUGAGACCAUAGAGGGGGAGCAGAUCCAGAACUGGCCUCUGCGGGCCAUUUUGACAGGUGCGAAGGGCUGCCUACAUGUAAGUUGCCUGGCAUCAAGUCACACGAUCAGACACAGGCAUGUCCCAGCGAAAGAAGAAAGAGUGCAAAAACUUACGGAAUAUGCAGAAAUGGCGAAACUUACCAGAAAAAUAAGAAAUCAAGGCAACCAACUCUUUAAAUAAAAGAAUGGAAAUGGUUUAUUGAAUAUUUACUAGUAAUCUGUAAACAGAUAAGAACACUGGCAGGAUUAUUGUAAAAACCUGCAGUUUUAUAAGAGUAUAUAUUUAAAGUAGAUGAAUUAAUGAGCACCGUAUUUUUUGCUCUAUAGGACGCACCGGACCACAAGACGCACCUAGUUUUUAGAGGGGGAAAUCAAGGGGAAAAAAGCCUGUCCGCUUCUCCCAGAGCUUCUUGGGGGUGCGGGGGAAGCCCGGGUUCCCCCCCCCCAGCCCCAAAGAGCAAAGAAGCCAAGACAGCGAGCAGGAUCCAUCCCGCUGGCUAUCUUGGCUUCUGCCAUAGCCGCGCAACCUCUCCAGCUGGGAGCUAAACCUCUCCAGUGUGGCUAAAGAAGUGUGGCUAAAGAAGCCAAGGCAGCGAGUGGGAUGGAUCCCGCUCGCUGCCUUAGCUUCUUUAGCUGUGCGCAGCCUCUCCCAGCUGGAGAGGCUGCGCAAGGCUAAAGAAGAAGCCUCUCCCUGGUGGAGAGGCUGCGCACAGCUAUGGCAAUUCCCCCACCUCCCGCAAAAUCCCACAGGAGCCACGCACGCUUUAAGGAGUGCGCGGCUCCUGCAGGCUUUUUUACAAGGAGGGAAAAGGGAUUGACUGGCCGCGUCAGUUCCUUCUCCCUCCUGGGGAAAAGCCCGCAAGAGCCGCACACUCCUUAAAGCGUGCGUGGCUCCUGUGGGCUUUUCCUGCCUGCCUCCCCCACCCCCCUGCAUUCACUCCAUAGGAUGCACAGACUUUUACCCUUAGUUUUUAAGAGGGAAAAAGUGCGUCCUAUGGAGCGAAAAAUACGGUAAAUUAAUUUGGAAUAUGCAGAAAUGAUAAAAAAUAAAUUUAAGGAACUGCAGAAAGAGGGGGGAGGAAGUCGAGUUUCGAAAUGUUAAAAGGAUUGUGAAAUCAUUGAAAUGUGUAAAACUGAAAAUCGUAAAUAAAAUAAUUAUUAUUAUUAAAAAAAGAUCAGACGCAGGCUUAGCUCCAUUCUUAGCAAUGUAACUUCCACAGCGCUGAGACCGGAGACAAGCCUCUGCCUGCUGCCAUUAAAAGACCUAUAAGCAAAGGCUUAUCUGUGAUCUUAGUACUGUGAUGCUAAGCACUAAUGUCGGAGAUAACAGCUCCCUGAUGUCUCAUCUUAGCUCUCGGUGCUUAGAUUGGAGGCAGCAGAUCUCUGUGCCUGGAGCUGCGGAAUUCGCUCCUCCAAGAAGCAAUGAUGGCCGCCAGCUCAGAUGGCUUUAAGAGACAAAUUUAUAGAGGAAAAGGCUGUUGGCAGCUACUAGCCAGGACCGCUAUGUACUACCUCUGCUGUCUGAAAUAUGGGAAUCACACUCUGUGCUGUGCUCAGGUCCUGCUUGUGAGCUUCCCAGCUUUUCGGGCCCAGCAGGCACUUCUUAUGUCCUUACGACAACUUGCAUACUCACUUUGCCACCAGCCAAAAAACAAGCAGAGGUUUCACCUGAGCAUACACAGAGGGCCUCUUGCUCCCCCUCUGAGAUUAAAGAGGCAGGGUUCUCCGGGUACCACUAGAAGGCCGGAGGGGGAAGAGGGACACCUGUGGGGAGGUGGAGCACACCUGGAAAGGGUCCAAAACGGCAUCACCAAUGAUGCAGAAAUGAUAAGGUCCACCAGGAGCUCAGCCUACACUUGAGUAGGACCCUGGCAGAGACACAUGCCCGACUGGCAUGUUCUCUCCUUCCUGGUCGAUGGUUCAGGAGCUUCCGCAGAGUCUUCGCAGCUUGCGUAACAGACCUCAGCAACUCAGCAUUUUGGCUAAUCUACUUUAUUUACAUAUAAACACACAUGGAGCACUGCAACAUGGCUCCCUCUCUCUCUAGCAUCAGACAGCAAAGAGGAAAAGAACAGAGGACAAUAGUCCCACUUCACGGAACACAGUAACACAAACAUCCUGUCUCUGUCACUUCCCACUCUGUGGAGUCAAAACAUACACCGUCAUGUGAUAGACAACAAUCCCAUGACUGCAAUCAUGGAGCAGGAAUUCUAACAGAACACACCUGGGAAGGGUCCAAAACGGCAUCACCAAUGAUGCAGAAAUGAUAAGGUCCACCAGGAACCAGCCUGACUCCUGAUGCACCCUCAACCUUUGCUUCCUUGCAUGCAGGUGGUUUGAAUUUUGUCACCUCCUCUCCCAGGCUGGAGCCACCUUCCGGGAGUAGGCCAAUCAUCCGUGUCCAGCUGCUUGUGAAGCAGCCACCUCUUCACGUGCCGUUGUACAGACACGUCGUCAGAGUUCCUCUCGGCUCCUCUCUGCUGGACGCGUUGAAAGUUGCAGAGAAGCUGAAUACCCCUAAGCGCUUCACGUGAGGCUAAUUCCAUCUUCAUUUGCUUUGGCUGGUGUUAAGGGGGUGGGGGGCAGUGGAAGUAUAGGAACUGAGGGAGCUGCCCUCCACCCAGGCAGACCACAGACCCAUCCAGCCCAAUACUGCCAGCACUGUCUGGCAGUGACUCUCCAAGGUUUCAGACAGGGGUGAUUCAUAGUCCUACCGGGAGAUGCUAUGGGGUGGGGCGGGGUUUGAACCCGGGACCUUCUUCAUGCAUUGUUUUUAGUUUUGAUUUACAGUCGUGCCUUGGUUCUUGAACAGAAUGCGUUCCGGGAUUCCGUUCGACUCCCGGAACCGUUCAAAAACCGAUGCGCGGCUUCCGAUUGGCUGCAGGAUCGUCUUGCAGCCAAUCGGAAGCCGUACCGGAUGUUCAGCUUCCGAAAAUCAUUCAAAAACCAGAACACUCACUUCCGGGUUUCGAUUGUUUGGGAGCCGAUUUCUACGGGAGCCAAGGUGUUUGAGAUCCAAGGUACGACUGUAGAUGCGUAUGCUGUUUUUUUGUGGGGUUUUUAAAAUGGUUUAUUUGCUUAAGAAAGAACCUACACUUCAAUAACAUACAAGACGAAAGAAAGGCAGUAUAACAAAAUAGAAAUUAAACAUACACACAAAUUUCUGUCGUUUCAUUCAAAAGAAUUAUUGUUGGCAUUGUUGUUGGGAAUGGGGAUAGCAACCCCCCCCCCCAAUUUUAAUUAUUUGAUUUUGUUAUCUAUAAUGAUACGAAUGCUUUGUCUUUAAAUGUAAUUUUAUUGCUGUUUUCACUGUAUACCACCUUGAGCCAAUUGUGUAGAAGGUUACUGAUUUUACUUAUUGGUUUGUUUCAGAAAAUUUAUACACCCCUUGCUUGCAAGAAAAGACACCCUCAAAACGAUUUCUAAUUAAUACGUUGAUAAUGAUAUUAAUAAUAUAAUAAAGCAAUCAAUGCCUACUAGCUGGCUGUUCUGCCUUCCCUUAUCUCUGCCUCUGAAUACAAGUUGGUAGCAAUCACAAAUGCAGAGAGGGAUCUUUUAUUACGAUUAUUUAUUAUUUAUUAAUUAUUAUUAUACUGCCUUAUACCCGGAGAUCUCAGGGCGGUUCACAGAAAAGAUCACAACAAAUGUAAUCAGAAUAAAAAAACCACCCAAUAACACCCCUCCAGAAAAGAGCUACAUUUUAAAAGGGCAUAGGAUGUGAAGGAGGUAAACCAAAGGCCUGGUUAAAAAGGAACAUUUUUGCCUGGCAUCUAAAGGUGUGUAAUGGAGGCAUAGCUGUCAAGUGUCCCUUAUUUGAAGGGACAGUCCCUUAUUCCAGUGCCAUGUCCUGCUGCUGUCCCUUAUUGAUGGAUGUCCCUUAAAUGUCCCUUAAAUGAUGUUCCUUAAAUUUCAAAGGAAGCAGCUCCUCUCCCUCCCUCCCUGCCGGCCAGGGAGGAGGGAGGCUCCAACUGUGUUGCUUGGCUGUGUUGCUCACCCAAUAAGUAGUCUAAGAACGACUGGGGGGUGGAGCUUGUAUGCCUUUUGUGUGGCUAGUUAAUGCAAGCUGAGGGGUGUUUUGAAUGCUGGACGCCAUUUUGUUGCACGUGCUGCUGCAAACUUUGCAGUGCAAAGCCAGGUCGGGGAGCCAUCUUAAGUUGAGGCUGCAUAGGCCUUGUGGUGCAUGUGAUUCAGAUUCUAUUCAGUUGAACCUCUGGUUACAAGGUUGGUUGGACAGUGUUCUCGAAGCUACCAGCAUGAGUUUGACCAGACUGCAGGAGGACAGGAAGACUGAAGUGCCUGGAACAGGUGAGGCUGCAGGUCCCUUAUUUUGGCUGCUGGUCCCUUAUUUUCAAGGCUGCUGGUCCCUUAUUUUCAAAUCUGUAAGUUGACAGCUAUGAAUGGAGGCCCAAGGUGAACUUCCUUAGGGAGAGCAUGCCACAGACAGGGAGCCACUGCAGAGAAGGCCCCGUUCUUGUGUUGCCGCCCUCCGCACCUUUCGAGGAGGAGGCACACGAAGAAGGGCCUCAGAAGAUGAUUUCAGGAUCUGGGUAGGUUCAAAUGCUUGGAUUGCAAGUUUCCCACAUGCAAACUGUUCAGCCACUGUGAGAACAGGAUGCUGAGAAGGGAGGUCUCUGGCUGGUCCAGAACAGUUCUUCCAUUGUUCCUACACCUGCUCGUUCCUCAGCAAUUCAUGACAGUUCUUCCUUCUUUUGCUAAACAGGUUUGAGACCCAGAAGACGCUGUCUGGCCCUCUGCUGACCGCAGUGAUGGGGGUGAAGCCUCGGGAAGGGGAACGCAAAUUCUGGAAGGUUCUCCGAGCUCCAGACACUGCCCUGGAGCAAGGCGAGUGACAGAAGCCCAGCAGCAAAGGAGACCUUUGUCCCAUCUCUGGGGCGGGGAGGGAGGGAUUGGCUUGGACCAGGCUUUGCCAACCCGGUGCUCUCUGGGUUGUAGCUUUGGGCUACAAAUCCCAUCAGCCUCAGCUAGCAUCACCAAUUCCGGCUCUAAACCAUUCCCUAGGCUUUGUCCCCACGAUUCCAAGCCUGGUUUACACCCUUAGGGACUAAAUAAUAUGCCUGUGCUGAGGGUAUUAAUUUGAGGGCAUAGAUUCUCUUGGCAGAACCUUAAAGGUAAAGGGACCGCUGACUAUUAGGUCCAGUCGUGGCCGACUCUGGGGUUGCGGCGCUCAUCUCGCUUUAUUGGCUGAGGCAGCGGGCAUACAGCUUCCGGGUCAUGUGGCCAGCAUGACUAAUCCGCUCCUGGCGAACCAGAGCAGCGCAUGGAAACGCUGUUUACCUUCCCGCCAGUGCAGUACCUAUUUAUCUACUUGCACUUUGACGUGCUUUCGAACUGCUAGGUUGGCAGGAGCAGGCACCGAGCAAAGGGAGCUCACCCCGUUGCGGGGAUUCGAACCGCCAACCUUCUGAUCGGCAAGUCCUAGGCUCUGUGGUUUAACCCACAGCGCCAUCCGUGUCCAGAGCCUUACCCUACAUCAAUUUCUCUGCUUGGGUGUUGCAAUUAUCGAAGGGCAGUUGAAUAUAUAUAGUUUCAAUUCUAUCCAGGUUUAAUUGUUUUUUAAUGAUUGUAUCUCCCCCCCCCCCCCCGGUGUUUUAGCUGUUAUUAUUUUAGCUGUAAGCCACCUUGAGUCAGGGGGAAAGGAAGGGUGUUAUUAGUAGUAGUACAGUGGUACCUCGGGUUAAGAACUUAAUUCGUUCUGGAGGUCCAUUCUUAACCUGAAACUGUUCUUAACCUGAGGUACUUUAGCUAAUGGGGCCUCCCACUGCCGCCGCGCGAUUUCUGUUCUCAUCCUGAAGCAAAGUUCUUAACCCGAGGUUCUAUUUCUAGGUUAGCGGAGUCUGUAACCUGAAGUGUCUGUAACCCGAGGUACCACUCUAGUAGUAGUAGUAUUACAGUAGUACCUUGGAAGGCGAACAGAAUCCGUUCCAGAAGUCCAUUCGACUUCCAAACGUUCGUAAACCAAGGUGCGGCUUCCGAUUGGCCGCAGGAAGCUCCUGCAGCCAAUCGGAAGCCGUGGAAGCCCCGUCAGAUGUUCAACUUCCACAGAACGUUCAUAAACAGGAACACACACUUCCGGGUUUGCGGUGUUUGGGAUCCAAAACGGACGAGUACCAAGGCGUUCAGGAUCCAAGAUACGACUGUAUUGUUAAUGCACACAGCAUUGGCCUUGCAUAGCCAGCAGAUUUAAUUCAGUCUCGAGCUUUGUUGCAUUUCCAGAAGGUGUUGAAGGUGGCUUGAAUGUUACAGGCACUGAGAGGUGGAUGCAUGAAUGCAUUCACUUCUGCUUGGAAUGAUUUAUCUUUAAGCAUAUGUCUGCAAACCUAAGGUCUAGGAACUUAACAUUUUUAUUUGAAAAACUGAGAUUGUCAGCGGAUGGAAUUCUGCACUUUAUUUCUCCACUCCCAUAUCAUUGCAGCAAACCCAAAGUCCUGGGGAGGAGCUAGAGGAGGAUUUGGUCUUCGAAGUUCCUCUCUGUCCUUACAGCCUCGUCUUUUGCCCUCCUGUUUUGCAGGUAUCGCAGACUACAUCCCACAAAACGAAGAAACCAUCCUCUUCAAAUUUAGCCCUUGGUAG